AUGGCCAGAACGAACAUCAGAUUCGUGACUAGCAUUUUGAUUUAUGGUGGCUGUUUUACACAAGUCUCAAAGGAUACUUAUUUUCAAAGUUCAUUAAUGACACCAGAAUUAUGUUUUCAAUUAUGUGAUACACCACUUGUUUAUUUACAAAAUACAGUGUGUAGAUGUCGAGGAGCAGCUUUGGGGUUCGCAUGGACCCCGGCUGGACAACAAGCGUUCACAUGUACUUUCACAUCAUUUAUCAUAUCGACAACGAAUGGCAAUGAGUAG